AUGAGUUUCGGAUUCAGCGUCGGUGACUUCCUCGCCGUCAUCGAGCUCGUCAGCAAGCUGCGAAAGCGCUUCGUCAAUGCACCGGUCGAAUUCAAGUCGCUCUCGGACGAGGUGAAACACCUCUCGGUCGCUCUGCAGAAUAUCAAUGACUUUGAUCUCGAUGACGAUUUGAACGAUAAACAGAAGAAACGCCUCAAUGCGAAUACCGAAGCCUGCAGAGAAACGCUAGACUCCCUGAGCACAUUGCUGGAUCAAUACCAGGAGAUAGAGACGGUCGGCUCGAGGCCCAUAAGUAGGCGGCGCCAGGUAUGGAAACGGCUGAAAUGGGACCCGGCCCCUGCGCAGGAUAUCCAGCGGCAGCUCCAGAGCCGGAUUGAAUCUUUCAAUUUAUUCUUCGGCUCGCUUAAUGCGGAAAUGAACAUCUCGCAGAACGCCACCCUCGAAAAGAUACACCAGAGCCAGCGGACACAGGAGGAAGAAAAGGUUCUUCAGUGGCUUACCGAUGUCGAUUUCGGGGCCAAACAGACCGACUAUAUCCGGCGGCGUCAGCCCGGAACGAGCGAGUGGAUAUUGCAAACCGCUGAAUUCAAGCAUUGGGUUGAUACCCCGGGAGCACUGCUCUUCUGUCACGGAAUCCCUGGGGCUGGCAAGACAAUCACAGCUGCGGUCGUUGUCGACUAUUUGGCAACGCGGUUUGGCAAUGACGAGAGCGUCGCCACAGCAUGCAUCUAUUUCAAUUUCAGAGAGGUCUACAGACAUGAAGAGCUAUUUAUGAACCUCCUCAUGCAGUUGACUUCUCGGAAGACUGAGUUCCCAGAAAGGGUGAAGGAUCUUCAUCGCCAGCACAAAGACAGAGCAACGCGACCCCUAGGCUGGGAGAUCUCUGAAGCCAACCGUUCCGUCGCAGCGACAUUUCCAAAGGUAUUUAUUGUUGUCGACGCACUUGACGAGUGUCCAGAAGGCAAAGACUACCGAAAUAUGGUAGUGGACGAGCUGCUCAAGCUCCGGGCAACCAAAUCCGUCAAUCUCUUCAUAACCUCUCGGCCUAGCCCAGACAUUCUGGAGAUAUUCAGCGGGGAAGUUCACAUCGAGAUCCAAGCAACAAAGGAAGACAUUGAAGUCUAUGUACACAGCAAUCUAAAACUGCUGCCCCGUGUUAUCCAAAGAAGUUCGGAUCUGCAACAAGAGAUCACGUCCUUAAUCUCAAAUGCUGCAGAGGGAAUGUUUCUCUUGGCUCAACUGUAUCUUCAAGCCUUAGAAUGUGCAGUUACAGCUCGAGAAGUGAGAACUUUGCUGGCUCAGUUUCAAAGGCAGUCUUCGCUCCAACCGGGAGAAGAUCGAAAAUUAGAGAUGCUGAGCAAGGCAUACGACGACACUAUGGGUCGAAUCCAGCAGCUCCCUCAAUCCCGACGACAGCUUGCGCUAGAUGUCCUAAUGUGGAUUACGUCCGCACAACAACCACUUACAGUAUCCCAGCUUCAGAAUGCGCUAGCUGUUGAGGAAGGGGACACCGAAAUAGAUGAUGAAAGCCUUCCAGAUGUGCAGGAUAUGGUUACUGUAUGUUCUGGACUGGUAACGGUUGACCAAGAAACGGAUAUUAUACGCUUGGUUCAUUAUACCACGCAAGAGUACUUUAAGGGGGCCUGGAGGAGAUGGUUUCCCCAUGCCCAGUCCCAACUUACAGUUGUCUGCCUGACAUAUCUGUUAUUUGACACCUUCAGGACCGGAAUCUGCAUAACUGACGAAGAGUAUGAAUCGCGCCUGGAGUCCUAUCCGCUAUAUGAGUAUGCAGCAAACCAUUGGCAGAGUCAUUACCGACCGGGCGAAGGGAAUGACGAACACGUCCUGGAGUUCCUAUGCGACGAACCUCGAUUUACCGCAAGUAUUCAGGCCAGUAUGACAUUCGAAGCGGAGGGAUUUGAUCGUUAUGAUCGUGACGAGUACAGUCAAAGGCACUUCUAUGGGACGACAAGCCUGCACUAUGCUGCCAAGCCUGGGCUGGAGCCCAUCUUGUUGCGCUUGCUGGAAAACGGCCACCCACCAGACCCGAGAGACAUUCACUGGCGAACUCCCCUGAUAUGUGCCGCACACAAUGGUUCAGCAGAAGGGGCUCACAUCCUGUUGGAAAGAGGUGCGGACGCGAAUGCGAAAGAUGGUACCGGCAAUACACCACUGCUAUGGGCAGCAAGGUGUGGAAAUGCAGAUGUCGUAGCCCAGCUCUUGCCAAAAGCAAACAAUGUGAACGCCAAGGAUUAUGAAUUUGGAAGAACAGCCUUAAUAUGGGCAGCUAACAACGGCCUGGAAGAGGGUGCGGUUCGGUUACUGCUGAAGCAUGGUGCUGACGUUGAUGCCCUGGACGACGACAACCGAAGCGCUCUGUCGUGGGCCGCAGAGAAUGGCAACGCAAGCAUUGUGGAGUUGUUAUUGGGACAUAAGGCCGAUGCCACGGCGCCGGACGAUAACGGCCACACACCACUGGCACAUGCGGCCUUCAAAUGUCACGAAGAUAUUGUUCGACUCCUCCUCCCAGCGAUACGAUGCACGAACAACGAGGGAUUCUCAGCACAGAUUCCGGUAUUACCGGCAGUCGUGGGCAACAGUUUAUCGAUAUUGCAGUACCUGUUGAACGAAGGCGCUGACCUAGACUUGUCCUACCCUGAUCUAAAGGGAACACCUCGAGCACCCCUGGCAUGGGCGGUUCAGCAUGGUAAUGAGGCCAUUGCGGGACUCCUACUGGCUCAUGGCGCUGACGUAAAUUUCAAACCAAACUAUGAUGAUGAGACGUUUCGGAGAUACCAACUACGUCUUGACUACGAUGACAAAUGGUGA